AUUUUCAAAUGUAUGCCCUAAUAUUGUGUCCUGAUUUGCAGACCUUCUUCCCGGCUCUUCCCAAAUUUUCCUUCACGGACAGGCGUACAUAGGAAUAAUUUCUUCCGCUGACACAUUAAAGUCGCCCGCCUUAAAGCCGUUGGAUGCUGAUACAUUUGCCGCCAAUUUGCCUGAAACGUUACCACGGGAAAUAUAUGGAAGAUCCGAGUAUGUUCAGUGGUCUCCAGCUCAGAAAAUAAUACCAGACCAUCGAUGGAUAUGUAGGGUUUGGGAAUUCCUCUAUGAUAUUACAAGAGAUGUUUUAAAAGACGAAGAAAUUGAUGGUGAAGACAAAGUUCGUCAGGUAAAGGGCAUCAUUCGUCCCCUUCUCGACUGGAGUAUUCUUCCCGUCACUCAAACACGAAGCUUUCGAGUCCUUCGUCAAGAUGAUCACUUUCUUGUGCCCUUGAGGUGGGCACAGGGAGCUAUUAACAUGGCAAACGCCGAUGCGGCAAGUGCGAAACUAGUAAAAGUUUUGCGUAAACUUGGUAUCCCCGAACUUAACCAGAAUGCUAUUUCACGCACAAUUUCGGCAACCAUUAUGUAUUCAUCCUCGACCUCACUAGUUUUAGCUCUUUUGCUGGUAUCUUCUCUGAAGGACCCCUCGUCACUCCUUGAAUCACUUAGACAAAAGUUGAUUUUAAAUAAACAAGAAAUAAGAGGAAGAUUAGAGAAAUCCGACUGUGAGGAGAUCUUGGAGUAUUUUUGUAGAAGUGUAACCUGCCUUCGAGAAACUGACAAAAGCAACCUCCGGAAGCUUCCCUUUUUCCUUGCAACUAACGGUGGCUUCAUUUCACUCGACAAGGUCUAGGUGUCUGCCUUACCAGCUGGGGUACCGCAAAAUGGAAUUGAUGUUCUGGAGCGUGAAUUGGGGAUGGUAUUUGUGAAAUCAUGGAAAAAUGUCUCCGAUUUGUUUACAUUCAUGGAACUUAAGUGCAUCUCUGCCAUCGACGUGUACUGUGACUCGAUUUUGCAUGGUUUUCAUAUUGUAAGUGAGGAGGCAAGACAAGUUCAUCUUGAAUAUAUUCGUGACACCAUUUUGGCAGAUUCCACUGUUGAUGAUGAAGAGAAAGAAAGGUUACUCGACAUCUUGAAACAUACACCUCUGAUUCCCUCAGAAAAUGGUACCCUGAAGACGGCAUCAUGUAUGUACGAUCCCAAUAACGAUGUUUUCAAGGCCAUGCUUUCAUGCGAUUUCCCACCAGAACCGUUUGACUCUCCCGAAUGGAUUUCGUUUUUGAAACAAGUAGGCUUGGUUUCUGAGGUAUCUUCCUUUGAUUUUAAGAGAUUUGCAAAGGAAGUGGAGUGCGAAGCACUUACAGCACAAACGGAGAAAACUGGCGAGAAGUCUAGAAUUCUGGUUGACCAUCUCAUGUCUCGACCUGAUGUAGUCGGGGAGGGCUUAUUGAAAGCAAUCUGCGAUAUCGCCUUUAUCGCAGCCGAUCCCGUCGCUGAGCCAUUGCAAAUGUUAUGUCCAGCUUUUAAUCAAAAGAAAGGAGAUCAAACUCCUUACAUUCCGUUCAAAGGAGCAGUUUUUGCUGAAUAUGAAGAAAUCGUUUGGACCCAAGCCCGCUUGCUUCCAAGCUGGGCGAAUCCAGAGUACCGUCGGUAUGAAUUUGGUUUACCCCCGCUCGCCUCUGUCGGCAAGUACUGUGAUGCUUUUCUUUCGCAACUUCAAAUAAUUAAGGAGCCACUGAUAGAUAUGGUUGUUCGACACUGCGAAGUCUUAUGUCGUCAUCUGGAAAACCCCCACAAAUGCAAGUUUGACUUACAUGAACAUAAUCUCCAGAUUACGAACAUCAUGGAAGAAAUCUACAAGUUUUUACAAGGUAAUAAAAACGUAAGGGAUGCAAUCGUCCUUGAAGUUACACCCUGCAUAUUGGUUGAGAAUGGUACGAAGUUCGUUAGGCCAAGUGAAGCGGUUGUCGAACUUCAGGCGAGAGAAGAAAUUAAGCCUUUUCUUUAUAGAAUUCCUCCUGAGCUUGGCAAAUUCCGAAAAUUGUUUCAAGCCCUGGGAUGUUACGAGUUUGUUACAUGUACCCACUACGCUGUGGUAUUGGAAAAGUUGCGAAAGAAAUGUUGUGGCGCCAAACUGCAUCCUAAUGAGCUGAAAGUGUGCUGCAAGGCAGUAAAGGGAUUGUUUAAAACGCUACAGGAGAAGGCCGACGAAGCUUCCACAUUGUCCACAUUGUCCACAUUGUACCUACCAGCAAUGCCCUCAGGAAUCCGCUGCUUGGAAAGCAAUUUAAAUAAAAUUUCUGUCACUUUACAGAAGUCUUCCGAGUUAGUAUUUAGUGAUAAACCUGACUACGAGGAUCGAAUCAAAGAGCUCCACCAGCAUUUUGUACUUGAUCUCAAGCUUAUGGAAGUUAUAUUAACACUAACCAUGACCAACUUUAAAGAGUUGAUGAUGAAACUUCCUCCACAUUUACAACCAAAGAUGCUCUCAGUUGUGGUGAGUGAAAAGCUCACUGAUGGUGACUUAGUUCAGAGCUUAAUUUUCGACUCAUUGAUGCUGCGACUUUGCACCCCACAGUUUCGUCAGGGAAUUGCCAGAAUUAUUAAGCACGACAACUCUCAAAAGCCAGAUUUCGAUGAAGAGGUUAUCGCUGAUAUCGAAGAAAGUCUCAAAAGAAUUCAGUUGUGCGCCGUGGAUGGUCUUAAAACGGCCCUUUUCCUAGAUGACGACUUAAUCCCGGGAAGUGAAAAAGAGAUGAAGUCAUUCCAAGAAAAAUCUGAGAUUUCCGGUGAGGAGAAAUGCAUGGUUUACGUUAACGUGGUAAAUGUGACUAAUGAUAUCGAGUUGGCCAGGUCUUUGGUUUCGGGCGUUGUUAUAGACAUGUAUGGUGACCUUCUUGGAAAGAGCGCCUUUUUAAUCCCCAGUAUGUUGCAAUGCGCUCUUGGUGACAUCUGGUCCCUACUUGAUAAAUCGGGCAUUCGACAAGACGACACCUGCAGUGUAGAUGGAAUGGAUAUCUUUCCUGACCCGGGAAGUUUCAUUCCAAUUGUGGACCAUCAUCUACUGAAUGAUGCCUUUAGCGACUUUGAACCCGGGGAAUAUGUUGGUUAUCAGCUUCACGACCCGAGUCUUCAGCUAGACAAAGGCGUUGCUACGUUCAUCUACGCUGUGAUUAUCGAAGAGGUUUUGGCUAAGGAUGUUAUCUGUGACGAAGACUGGUUUCUGCGUCUCGUUACAAAGGUGUACUCAGUCAACAUUGGACAUGAACACGAGCCAGUGAAGGUGACUGCUGCCAAAUUGUACAAAUUUUGUCGUUUUGAAGAAAUAUCUAAUGCGCGACGCAGAAAUAGGGAAGAUCGAGAAGAGGUCCUCCUUCAAAUCUCGACCACUUUGGAAAAAGCAUGGGAAUGUGAUUUACUAGAAGGUGAAAGAAAACAAAUUCUCAAGCGAAUUAUUCUUCAGUGGCGUCCGGAGAAGAAUGUAGGCGAUGAAGAGUUCUGCUUUGAAGUUUCUAAGCAUAUAAGGGAUGAAAUGUUGCGUCUUGGUGGAUCGUACGAGGAAUUUAUCGACGCCUGUGUGGAGGUGGCUAAGGAACACAGAUCACAUCGAGUGGUAUACCAAGAAAAAGUUUUACAGCUGUAUACAUCCCAAGGGCACUCAUCAAAUCGCAAGCCAUGGAUAAAUGUCCCUCCCAGUUUUUCAAAGAGCAAUCCUCAACUUGGAGAAGCAAAGCGUUGGUACAAGCAAGCUGAAGCUGACCUGGUGGCUGGAGAAAAUGAAAUUGACUCUGACCAACCCUCCUAUGAGUGGGCCUGCUUUAAAUGUCAUCAGGCGGCAGAAAAGGCAUUGAAGGCGGCUAAGUAUACAUUACAUGCUGAGAAGACAAAUGAUCACAACCUUAUUAGGAAUUGUGACGGCUUAAAUGACGCUGAGAUAGCCAACUUCGCAAGCCAGUUAGAGAAUCUUGUUGGUAGCUCUGCACGAAUGCGUUAUCCAGAUUGUAUUUGGCCUCCCCAAAUCCCCAACGAAGUUUAUUCGUCCCGGGAAGCUCAGAGAGCGUUGCAACUCGCCACAGAAAUUGUCACACGAGUAAAAACCAAGAUACAAGAUAUUUAAGGGGUAAGACGAAAUCUUUGGUGCGAGGAAGAAGACUCAAAGGAGAGUGUCCUGUUGUAUCAAUCAGUUAUUCGUAGAUGUUAAAUCUAACGUGUAUUUUAAAAUAACAGUAAUUAGUAACAAUCAGUAUUAUUUCAUAGUGAAGCAAAGUAAUAAUUUUUUUAUUGGACGUUGAUUCGGUAAACGUUAUUAAUUGUAGCUUUCCAGGUAUUGAAAGAAUCAUGAUUUAGAAGGUCAAAGAAUAAGAUAAUUUUUGUUUUUUUUCCUGAUGUAUCAUGUAGCCAAGUGCUAUGUUGUCAUUGCAACCAUGUUGUUUGUUGCAAGUAAAACUUGAGAUAAUUGAGAUUGGGAAGUCUCACUUAAGAAAAGAAGUACGAAUAAGCAGUUUAGAUAAAGCGUAUUUGCAACAGUAUAGGUUUUCAUUUAUUUCGAUACUAAGCUAGAGGGCGUUAUUCAUUUUUCCUUCCAUUACCCAUAAAAAACGAAACAGUUAUUGGGCAAGAGUUAGUUUCCAGUCAUGUAUUGUUUACCAAGGAGAAAAACCGUUCUUGAGAAGGCUCAUGACAAGUUUUUCCUCUGUUGUUUUGCUUGUUAAAUCACGGUAUAGUCAGUGAUUAUGUAGAAUAGAAAUGGCUUUUAGCAGCACGGCUGAAGUAUUGUUAAUUCAAAGCAAAGAAAACUUGAGUUAUUAUAAAUGUACUUAAUUCAUAUAAGUUUAUUAAUAAUAAUAUUAUUGCGGUUUUUGGCAGUUUUGUUUUAAGAAGUUGGUUGGUUUGUUAUGUCGUGAAACAGUGCGCGCAUCAUUCAGGACUUCACAUGGUUUCUUCAAUUGGUCCCUCUUCUACAGCAACUUCUCAAAAAUCAGUGCACAGGGUUUUUCGUAGUUUAUCAUUUUCCUACCUAAACGAUUGCCGUAAUCAUUACAAUUGUCUAGUUCAGCAACGUUUUGAGCUAUUAUGUGAUGUAUGUAUUUUUCUUUCAUUGAGAACUCUAAUUAUGUAAAGCCAGGUAAAGCUUGAAACGCAUACCCUUAGGACUUUCAGUGAUCAGCUAGUUUCAUCUAAUAAGUAAAAACAGCCAUCAUUUAAGUCUUACAGACGUUAUAUGACUAAUCAUCACAAAAUAAAAAUUGCAGCAUUGUAUAUCAACA